AUGACACGUGUCACAGUUUACUACCAAUGGCAUACAUUACUUGAUACCAUAAACAUAAUGCAUCAUAUCAUCCAAUUAAAUACACUUCCAUACAUUAGUUUAUGCGAUAAUCUAUACGUGAAUUCUAUUGUAUAUAGUGAUCACCCUACCUGUCAUCUGCACUAUACCUUCACUCAACCACCACCUUAUCUGUCUCCUCCUUUAAACAUCAAACACAAAUGGCAUCACGCUGGCUCAUGGAGCCAAGAGAGAAGCCUUUUUACUCACUUCCAACCUAGACCAAGUACUUCUUACCCUGACAGACGAUCAGACAGUUCAUUUCUUAAUGAUCUAGAUGAAGAAAAGGAGAGAGAUCAAGCUUCAAUAAAGGAACUCAAGAUUAAAAUGCAUGAUGUGUACAAGAUAUCAAUCUCAUUGCUUGAUCAUGAUGACAGUAGUGGUCUGUCAGAUAAGUUUACCCAGCUCUGUCUCAAGUGUACACGAAGGGAUGACACAUAUAUCGUUCGACUACUACAUCCACCAGAACUACUGAAAUAUCUUGCACAAGAUGUCUCUGAUCAAGGAUUACGCAUCAGUAUCGUUAUGACUCGGUCAGACGAUGGUCAGUUUACUGUGAAUGAUAAAGAAUGGCCAUUACGAGAUGAGCGUGAUUCUAGUACGACAGAUGAAGAGAGUGAUCAUGAUUAUAAAGAAGAAGAUAUAUUUGUGGAUGGAAUGGAGGAAUUGGAUGAAACAAGUCCACUGGCUACUGGUGCACCUCCCUUGCUUGAGUUGCAACAGCCAUCACGACCGACUGUUCAACAUAAGGUUUCCUCUUCCAGCGUGCCACUGAUGAAGGUGCCACAGCCAGCCGCUUCAAAUUCAACACCAACCCAUGCAUAUAAACAGUUUGAGAAACCAUCAGAGGUGCCGCAAAAAAAAGUGGAUGAUGAUGAUAAUGACAUCCAAGUGUCUGAUACAAACGAAUCUAUUUCAGAUAAGGAGAUUUCUGUUAUUACAGUCCCAGAAAGCGAUCCACUUGCGCUACAGAGAGCUUAUCAGCUAUUUACUCAAUUUAUAAGAUCGACCGAAACACCCACAACAGUAAUUCAAGAACCUUGUCGAGAUAAUGGAUAUGUGACAGUCAAGAAGAUUGAUGUCCCUGACCAUCCUAUGGGCGCCUUUUUAGUCGAAACAAUGUGGAAAGAUUGCAGUCUAUGGGAUGUGAAGGCAGUGAUUGAAAGCGUAGGUGCACGAAAGGUGUGGGACAACACAUUUGAAAACAGUACGCUUCUACAUGCUCUGACGCCGACCAGUGCCAUAUGGCAUACAAAGAUCCAAGGUACUUGGCCUGUAAGCCCUCGCGACUAUAUCUGUUUUCAAGGACAGUAUGCAUCUUCUUAUAUGGUGGAUCUAGUCUCUACCUCCUGUGUAGGUGAAUCAUAUCGUCAUAAGCCUUUACCAAAGGAAAUCUCAGGAUACACUCGAGCUACAAUGGAUGUCAUGGGUUGGCGAUUGGAGUAUGCGACCAAGGACACCGUGCUGAUGAAGGGAUUGAUGAUGACUCAGUUCUCGACCUGGGUCAUCAACUACAUCACCAGCCGUUACCUCGUGCAGUCUCUAGCCGCUGUACAGAUGGCCAAGGACUAUCUCGGUAUGUAUGGUGCACCUCCUAGUUUGGAAAACCUCAUGAACGCUGUUCUGAUGAAUCUGAAGCAUGAUCAUGAGCGCAAGACAUGGCGGUGCGAGUACAGUCGACGUACAGAGAGUGACGAUAAGGCUGCCAAAGUCAUGGCGGGUGCUACAACUACAUCGCUUAUACGCAUCGAUAAACGGCGUUGGGCCCUUUCGACAGGCAACAAAUAUUCCACCAUCAUCGACCCACCUCCAUCGCGUGUGUCUGCAAUUGAGAGGAUACAUGAUCCUUAUGGUGUAUGGCUCAUUAUAGAACAUGAUGAAGUCUUUAUUAUCCCCUUUCAUGGAAAGAUAUUGGUCAUCAUCAAACCUGAUGAUGCUGCAUCAUCAAUCAAGGAGCCGGUUCCUGAUUGCCAGAUCUCCGUAAAUGGUGGACCCAUUGUGGUUGAAAAGGAGCGUGCAAUCCCUGAGCAGAUUGAGAAGGAAUUUCAGAAAGCUGUGUCUCAGGCGAGCAAGGACAAGAAGAAGUUCAUAUCCGAGGAACAUGCUGUCAGUCGAGCCAUUGAUCAGCUAUCGGUACCACCUCAAGAGCACACACAUGCUGUGCUGGCAUUUCUUAAGCGAGCGGAUGAGCAGUUUGGAUGGACCGCCGUCUCUGAUAAGAAUGGUAUAAAAACAAGUAAGCGGUCUGGGGCGAAGCAGAAAAAGAAAGAGCCCGACUCGUUUCUUCAGGAUACAUUCACAAUAGAUGUUCCUGAGCCAUUCAUGAUCUACAAGGCUUCAAAGGUUAUCGAAAACUAUUCUGCAGAGGAGGUUCUAGCUGUUGUGAGUGAUAUACAGAAUGUUAGAAAGGCAUAUGACGAUACUAUCGAGGAGAUUGAUGUUUUGCGCCAUUUGAGGCCAGGCUGUAGGGUCGUUCGUCAGACUUUGAAGGCGAUAUUUCCUUUCAAGCCGAGAGAAAUUUAUACUUACUCAUGUUUAGCUGAGAUGCCAUCUUCUGAUACGCUUUCAUCCGUUAAACGUAUGGUGUACAUGGAAAGUUCUAUUCCUGGGUUUCCCAUCGUCUCCACCAAGAAGCCACGAGGGAACUUGUUUAUAUCAGCCUGGAUAAUCGAAGCCGUGGACCCCUAUACGACAGCAACCAAUUAUCCUAUUCCAUCCACACGGGUUACAUAUGUCGCAGCAUUGGAUCUAGGGAGCCUUGUGCCUUCAUAUAUUAGUAAUCUCGUGGCCAACAGCUGGUUUCCCAAAAAGAUUCAGGCUGUUCUCUCCUACUUGAAGUCAAAUGGACCACCGCCAUUUAUAACUGAACCACUGCCACUAUUGGCGCAGUCUACAGAGUCUGCGGACAUAAAGUGGGAUGAGAUAUCAUCUUUUUACGAUAGAGAUACGCAUCGGUUUAAAGUGCGCUGCCGUCUGGAGAUACGUCAGGAAGAGAGUACGGCUUCAAAUAAAAGAUCAACAAGCGUUUCAAGAAAAGGCUCGCUUGAAACUGUGGGUUCAGCUAGCAAAGCCGGCGCCGAGGAAGGCGAACUAGUGAAAUUUGGAGACCAGCGUUUUCCAGCCGAUGGUGGCAUACGCCGCGGCUCAUUUUCUUCAAAUGCACCUAAAAAACGGAUAAUGUGCACAGAGAACAAGGACAAGUUGUCUCAAUCUACAAGUGGAAGUAAUACGGCAGCAACAUCAACUACUAUUACUGCGGCAAGGGAUUUUACGUUUUUAAAAACAACAAUAGGGCUACGUUCUUUCCCUAAAGGAUACGAAAUACAAACUCAAUUAUUUGAUACAACCCAGGCGGAAAAACACAAGAACCUGACCGAUAAAUUAGUCAUUCAUGUCUCUGAACCAGCAUUAACGCAGCUGACAGACAACAGCAAUAACCACAUCAAGCACUCUGUUCAUCUCAAGACACAUGGUCUAUCUCCAUCCACACUACCAGGCAAGUACGAAUUUGAGUUUGACCUCUUGCCUAUCCCUGAAGAGGAUUCUGGUCAUAAGGAGUCACGCCUUACUGUUUCACAUGUCCUUGGAGAAGAUGAGAGCAAAGAUAGCAGCUCAGAGGCAAAAUGGAACGGCAGAGUGAUUGUAAACGGCGACCGAAUUGAAAUAGGAAAGGAUGCUCAAAUCAAAGUCUGUACAAGGGAUGUGGAAAAGUCCGAAGAAAGUAAAAGCCACAACACUCUUCAAUCGAAGCUACUGGAUGAUGACAAGAGGAAAGAGCAGAGUGAACAAGUGCCAAACAGUAGUUUGCAAGAAGGUACAAGCCGUAGUGUUGCUGUUACUCAGUACAUGCCUGGUGGCGUAGUAGCUUCUGCAUUAGGAAACGUAUCCGCUGGUGUGAAUAACUUUAGUGCCCGUAUGGUAUUUCCAUUUAGAACGAUUUCCAAUCCUUCUCUUCAAACUCAUAAUAACAAAGUGGGGUCAUCUUCUUUACCAACAACAACAACAAAAGCAGCAGUAGGGGAAGAAGGAAAUGCUGGAAAUACCAAGGGCUAUUCCGCAGUUGAUGGAGAAUACAACCCAGCCGUAUCUACAGGUAACAACGUGAAACAGCCUGUGAAUAACGAGUUAUCGGCUCUUGUGCAGCAUGACUCACGAGUAGCAGCUAUGAGUAUUAGAGAUAUCAGGCGUAAUCAGUUGUAUUUGUGUUUGAUAUAUAUUGGUUUUGCAGUUCUUUUUGCUUUACUGGGAUUAUUGUAUUACGAAAGACCAUAUAUAUCAGGCAUCAAUGAAGAAAAUGUGCGAUUACUUUUACAAGUUCCAUGGUUUAAAGGAUGGAAAGUACAAAUAGUUGCCGUAAAACAAUAG